UCUGCUAGUGUGAGGCUGCUGAUCCGGGAUCGUGUGGUCUGUGCCGGGGGAACUCUGUUCGCUGGGCUGCGGGAGUCUAACGGAAGGUUUAUACUAAACACCAACAUGGCUGCGCUCAGAGCUGCACGCCGGCUGCCGGCCCUCCUGAUGAAAGCGGAGAGUAACGCGACACAGCGAUGGAUUGCAAACGCCGCAGCCGCUACAGCACAGCCCAACAUGCAUCCUGAUAAGAGGAAACCCAAAACUGGUAUCCUUAUGUUAAACAUGGGAGGCCCUGAGACGCUGGAGGACGUCCAUGAUUUUCUUCUCCGGCUGUUUUUGGAUAAAGACCUCAUGACUCUUCCAGCUCAAAGUAAACUUGGACCUUUCAUUGCCAAACGGCGUACCCCAAAAAUCCAAGAACAAUAUAACAAAAUAGGCGGAGGAUCUCCCAUUAAAAAGUGGACGGCCCAGCAAGGAGAAGGCAUGGUCAGGCUGCUGGACGAGCUGUCUCCUUCCACAGCACCGCAUAAGUAUUACAUCGGCUUCCGGUAUGUGAAUCCACUUACAGAAGCGGCUAUUGAAGAAAUGGAAAACGAUGGUGUGGAGCGGGCCAUCGCCUUUACACAAUACCCUCAAUACAGCUGCUCCACCACCGGAAGCAGUAUAAAUGCAAUUUACCGCUAUUACAAUUCAAAAGGAGUUCAACCCAAGAUGAAGUGGAGCGUUAUUGAUCGGUGGCCAACACACCCGCUGCUCAUCCAGUGUUUUGCGGAUCACAUCCAGAAGGAAUUAAACAUGUUUCCAGCAGAUAAAAGGGGAGACGUGGUCAUUCUGUUCUCUGCCCACUCCCUGCCCAUGACCGUUGUUAACCGCGGGGAUCCGUAUCCGCAAGAAGUUGGUGCUACGGUGCACAAAGUGAUGGAGAAACUUGGCUUUUGUAAUCCCUACAGACUGGUGUGGCAGUCCAAGGUGGGUCCCAUGGCUUGGCUCGGACCUCAAACCAGUGACGCGAUUGAAGGCCUCUGCAAAAGAGGAAAGAAGAAUCUUCUGUUGGUUCCCAUCGCAUUCACUAGCGAUCACAUAGAAACGCUCUAUGAGUUGGAUAUUGAGUACGCUCAGGUGUUAGCUAAUGAGUGCGGAGUGGAAAACAUCAGAAGAGCCGAAUCCCUUAAUGGAAAUCCAUUGUUCUCCAAGGCUCUCGCAGACCUUGUUCUAUCCCAUAUAAAAUCCAAAGAAGUCUGCUCAAAACAGUUAACUCUACGUUGCCCGAUGUGUGUAAAUCCGGUGUGCGGAGAAGCAAAGUCUUUUUUCGCCAAUCAACAUCUAUGAAUUUUUACAGAAAAAGAGGGAAUUUAUGUCCAUACUGCUGAAUUGUGAGGUUUUUUAUUUUUUUUUCUCCCCCAAGCAGGAUUAAUUUCAGUUGUCACUUCGCAUGUAAUAGUCCUGUAAUAGAUUGUUUUGUCUUAUAAACUUUUUUUUUUGUGUUCCAUUUGGGGAAAGCACUUGAAUAAUUUUUAAUUCGCGUUCUGCCAUAAUGAGACUGUCUGUCUGUACAUUUCAAACUGAUGACCCAAUUUGUUAUUAAGAAGGCAGUCCCACGGUGUUCUUCCAAGAGCCUUAUUUCACAUAUCGAUCUAAAAAAAUAAACCGAAAGCCUUUCUUAAGGGAAAAAA